AUGUGCAACCGACCCCAGCUUGAGAUGGAGCAGGGGGCUGAGGGCCUGAGCCAGUGGCACGUGGCUCCGCCCCAGUACACAGAGGAUACUGAGAAGUCAAUAUCCAUCUUGGGCAUGUCUUCAUCUCCUGGAAGCAGUGGAGUGCACACCUCUUGGAACCGUGGCGCAUCAGGCAUUCAACACAUCCCUCAGUGCACAGAACUGGAGAGGAUCUCCUUGGUCUCUGCUGAGGCACCCAGGCAGAAUGCAAGUGAAAUGGGGCCACCGUUCAGUAUGUCGCUGCCUGACCAUGGUGCGAACUACUGCCCCCAAAUGACUUUCACUCCUUCCCAGAUGACUUACAGUCAGGGAAUGUCUUCCUCCCAGCCAGGAAUGAUGAUUUUCAAGGAGCCCCAAGAGAUGCCCUUAGGAGAUCCCAAUAUUCCAGGGGUGGCCAUGACCUUUGGUGGAAAUCUAAUUAUGCCCCCCAGUGGACUGCCAGUCUCACCUCCCAGUGGAAUCCCAAUGAUGUCCCACGUCAGAGUGCCAACAAUGCCUUAUUCUGUCCUCCCAAUGUUACCUUCUAAUGGAGGCUCCUUAGCACCUAAAAUGUUAUUGCAUCCAACCAUGCCUCCCACGGAGGCCCAGGCAAUGCUCCCCUCUUUGGCUCAGAUGUUGCCUCCUAGAGAUCCCCAUGACUUUGGGAUGCCCCCUGCUGGGCCCUCAUCCUUGCUGACUUUGGAAUCCCAAGGCUCUUUUGUGAGUCAGCCAGUCUCCCAGGAAAACUCCUUCCUACCUGAGCAGCCCUUACCGGCUCCAGGGACAGCAGAGCAGAACCCCAGGGCCCAGGAAAGGGCUCCCAGGAAGAGAUCCCCAGUUUCAAGGCCUUACUGCUGCGAGUAUGAGAACUGUGGAAAAGCUUAUACUAAGCGCUCCCACCUCGUGAGUCACCAGCGCAAACACACAGGUGAGAGGCCCUAUAAAUGCACGUGGGAAGCCUGUACAUGGUCCUUCUUCCGUUCCGAUGAACUUGGAAGACAUACUCGGAUACACACCAGACACCGACCACAUAAAUGUGACCAGUGUGGCCGACAGUUCAUGAGAUCUGACCAUCUCCGACAACACCAAAGGACUCAUAUGCGGGUGCCAAUAUCCUCGGACCCACAGGCCAACAAUGGACAUAUGUCUGGUCCUCCUCCUGUUCCUGGUCUUUAGGUCAUUCUCCUCUUCCCCUCAUUUUGGCCUCUCCACCCAGAUCUUGCCUGCCUCUGACCAGCUAGUCUCUUUGGUAGGUGUAGGCUUAGGUGAAGAGAAAGAUUAUGAGGCAGAGUUGUUGAAGCCCAUAUGAGCUCUGGACCCAGUCAGGGACUCCUCAAAAACUGUCUUGGAUGUCCUCACAUCUCUGGGACCACCUGCUUCUGCCAAGUUUAGCCACAUGGGAAGAUGGAGCAAAGUAGAGAUUGGGAGCAUUAUUAAAAAGCUCAUUAUCUUCUGUCACUCCCAGCUUGAAACCCUUUAGUGACUCUCCUUUUCUGGCUACAUAAAAUCCAAGUUCCAUAGUUCCCAGAGCUAGACUAUGUUCAAAUCCUGAAUUUACCAAUUAUUAGCCUUGAGACCUUGGGAAAGGUCUUUGAUCAUUAUGCCAGGUUUCUUCUGUUAAAUGAGACAAAUAGUGUUGGACUGUUUUAAAUACAUCUUAUGUCCAGAAUCAGAUUCUCUCUGGCACUCAUCAGGCAUGUGCCCAGAGUUUGUCUCCUCCCAUCAUUUCCAGACUUGGAUGGAUGGAUGGAAUGCCCCCCAGAGGAUGUGGGACCUGGCAUGUCAAGCAGCCACUAAAAACCCAGGAAUGUGGAGAAGUUAAUGCUCCUGGGGUGAUACUUGACAAACGGGAGAAAGCCAGGCAGAUAAAUUCCCUCUUCUCUUCAUUCCUGAACUAGUGCAAGGCACAUUUCUCCACACAGUACAGCCAAUGGAAAGGCCUCCCAAGUAGCCAGUGGACAUACCUUCUGUGCCUCUUCGAGGCUUGUCGUGAAGCAGACUCAACUUGCUGUUACCGUGCGUUACCUCCCAUUCUUCCUUGGCUUGCUUCCUUUUUCCCACUCUAAAAUGCCGUGGGUUGGCAUCACUCAAA